AUGACGGCCUUUGCAACUAAAAUCACAGAUACGGGCUGGGCCCAGCCAUCACCGGUCAAUUCCGGUACGAUAACCCCUCAAAAGAAAGUCCGAACUCGGCAAACUGGGACCGCAUGGACUCGCUCCGGUUGCUUAACGUGUAAAAAGCGUCGCAAAGGCUGUGAUAAGGCUAAACCGAGUUGCAACAAUUGCAUCAAACAAGGCCGUAUAUGCGAGGGCUAUGGCUCUGUCUGGGCGGAGCCUUUAGGCCCGUCUGCGCAGGUUUUCAAAACUGAUUCUACUGAUUCCAACACUACAUUGAAAUCGAGAUCUAAGGAUGAAUCAUCACCAUCGCAUCUAGUUUCACCAACAAAUUCAACAUUCUCCGACGCAUGGCUGGAUACACAAUCAUCUAUCUCCCCAUCUCCAAGUGGAUCUAUUACUUCAUCGCCUCGGCAUUGGCUGAAUGAGAGUAAUAUACGUCAGGAUUAUGAUCAGGGUGACCAAACAACCGAGGAAGUUGUUUCGCAAGAAUCACUAGCAGUAGUCCCACGACCCCGGAACUAUAUCAGUCACUUAUCGGAUCACGAAUCGCACUAUCUCCAAUAUCACGUCCAACAAGGCUCCAGGCUUCUCGCCAACCUCGAAAGUGAUGACAAUCCGCUUCGAUCAUUGCUCAUUCCUCGAGCAAUGUCAUCCCCGCUUCUUAUGAGAGCCGUAUGCGCAGUUUCCGCCCUUCACCUUGCAAACCGUUCACAGGGCUACAGUGCGCAAACCGCAUCAGCAACUUUCUACGGCAGAACUCUUGAAGGGAUUCGGUCGGUGUUAGUUAAAUCCUCACCCGAGGCACUCUCGGAUGAUACUAUGCUCGCAGUGGGUCUACUGUGUAAAUACGAAAUUGUCCGAGGCAGCGUCAAGCAAUGGGUUGUGCAUCUCAACGCACUUCAGCGUUUAAUCGCUACCCGCGGAGGCUUGCAGUCGAUGGAUCCAGAUGCGGCACAUUUCUUAAGAGGCCUAUAUCUAUAUGCGUAUAAUAUGGCCCGAAUCAGCAAUCGGAAACGAAUCACUGCUGCUGAGCCCUGUCCCGCAGAUACAGACCUCGGUGCACCCAGAUUGGAUAUCUACAUCGGGUACACAGAGGAAAUCCUUAAAUUAUGCGCACGCAUCGCCGAACUGCCAUCGCUAGGAGGCGAUUUAGUAUCCCUCCGUCUGGCAAUAGCCUCCAUAAAUGAAUCUCUCCUCACAUGGUCCCAUACCUCUAUCCCUUAUAUUAUUCCUCAAGGCCUUACACCCGCAUCACUCACCCGCCUUCAACUCGUCGCCGAAUGUUACCGCGAUGCAGGAUUCAUCUACCUACACUCGAUUUUGGAACAUAUGAGUCUGAAAUCAAGGAACAAAAACGCUUCUGCUCUAUACUACACAGAAUGGGCACCUCUCAUCUUCGCGCCAAAAUCCGUUGCCGUCCACCGCUGCCUCGCGCGUGUGGAAACUUUCCCGUUAGACGACCACUGCGAGUCCUCGGCACUUACAUUCCCGCUGUUUAUUGCGGGCGCUGAGAGUGAUGUACUUGCACACCGGAGCCUUGUUACCCAGUCACUUGCUAAGCUACAAAGUAAUUUUGGGAUUGGGAAUGUCAAGCGUGCGGAGGAGGUACUUAGGAUUUUGUGGGCGAGGAAAGAUGCUAAUGCCCUCGAGGGAAUCAUUCUUGGGGAGCCAAGUGUAAAUGCGAAUGCGCAGAGUUCGCAUUGGUUGGAUAUUUUGGAAGAGUUGCAGUGGGAGUUGAUUCUUGCAUAA